AUGAGCCAACGUAAAUUAUUUGUUGGAGGCAACUGGAAAAUGAAUGGAAAUCAUGGCGAAAUUGAUACAAUCCUCAAUAAUCUGAACUCUGCUGAUCUUGACCCGAACGCUGCAUUAGAAAUUGUACUUGGAGCUCCCGCGUGCUACCUAAAGUAUGCGCAGGAAAAGGCACGCAAGGGCAUUAAGAUCGCAGCGGAAAAUUGUUACAAAGUCGCGAGUGGCGCAUUCACGGGUGAAAUCAGUCCAGCUAUGAUUAAGGAUUGCGGUUGCGAAUGGGUGAUCUUGGGGCAUUCAGAGCGUCGCCAUAUUUUCGGCGAAACUGAUGAGCUUAUCGGUGAAAAAGUAAAGCAUGCUUUGGAAGCAGGCCUUAGCGUAAUUCCGUGCAUUGGCGAAGUUUUGGAAGAACGAGAGGCUGGAAAGACCAAUGAGGUUUGCUUCAAACAAAUGGAGGCUCUUGCAAAAAACAUAAACGGAGCCCAGUGGGAUCGCGUUGUCAUCGCGUACGAACCGGUCUGGGCCAUUGGCACAGGAAAGACGGCCACCCCUGCUCAGGCACAAGAAGUUCACAAAGCUGUUCGUGAUUGGAUGCGUGACCACGUCGACCCCAGCGUUUCCGAAAAAGUCAGGAUUUUGUAUGGCGGUUCGGUGAACGCUGGCAAUGCAAAGGAAUUGGGAAGUCAGCCGGACGUUGAUGGUUUCUUGGUUGGCGGUGCCUCGCUAAAACCCGAAUUCGUCAAUAUCAUCAACGCGAGGCGAUAA